AUGGCGAGAUCCUUCGACCUCAAAACGAUGACGUAUUCCUCACCGAGGCCACACAUCCACCUUCCCACCGAUCCAAACCUCUCCCUAACCUCGUUCCUCUUCCAAAGCACAGCCUCCUCCGCCGCAUCCCUCGCUCUCGCCGACGCACAUUCCGGCGAAUCCCUCACCUUCCGUGACCUCAAAACGCAAGUCUCCGCCCUCUCUCGCAUCUUGAUACGACGCCUCGGAAUCAAACUAUGCGACGUCGUUUUGCUAUUCGCUCCGAACUCUAUACGCUUCCCUGUGUGCUUCCUCGCUGUCGUUGCCAUUGGUGCCAUCGCCACUACUUGCAACCCCUUAUAUACAGUCUCAGAACUCUCCAAACAAGUCCACGAUUCCAAACCUAAGCUCGUCAUCACCGUAUCAGAACUCUUGGACAAAAUCGAAGGAUUAAACUUGAAUUUACCGUUAAUAUUGCUCGAUGGUGCUUCUACUCAUGUAAAUUCAUCGAAUGCGUUCGGUUCUAGGGUUUGGUACUACGCGGAUUUGAUCGGAGAGGCCGAGAAGGUUUCGGUUUCGGCUAACGGCGACGUUUUGCAGUCCGACGUGGCGGCGCUUCUCUACUCUUCCGGCACCACGGGGAGGAGCAAGGGAGUGGUGCUGACUCAUCGGAACUUCAUCGCGGCGUCGCUGGCGGUGACGGCUGAUCAGGACCGGGACGGCGAGAGGAACAGCGUGUUCCUGUGCUUCCUGCCGAUGUUCCACGUGUUCGGGCUCUCGAUCAUAACGUACUCGCAGCUGCGGAGGGGGAGCGCGGUGGUUUCGAUGGGGAGGUUUGAACUGGAGAAGGCUCUGGCGGCGGUGGAGAAGUUCCGGGUGACGCAUUUGUACGUUGCUCCGCCGGUGAUGGUGGAGCUGGUGAAGCAGCGUGAUGUGGUGAACAGGUAUGACUUGUCGUCGCUGAAGCAGAUUGCGGGUGGUGCUGCUCCUUUAGGGAGAGAUUUGAUGCAGGAGUGUGCUAAGAUUCUACCCUGUGUUGAAAUCAUGCAGGGGUAUGGCAUGACUGAAGCAUGUGGAAUUAUUUCCUUAGAAGAUCCAAAGGAAGGUUGCCGCCUUUCAGGUUCAACGGGAACAUUGAAUCCAUGUGUAGAAUCCCGAAUAGUUAAUUUAGAAACAUUGAAGCCCCUUCCACCGAAUCAAUUAGGGGAAAUUUGGCUACGAGGACCUACUAUGAUGCAAGGUUACUUUAACAAUCCAGAAGCGACAAAACUGACCAUUGAUGAUCAAGGUUGGGUGCGUACAGGAGAUCUUGGAUAUUUUGAUGAAGAGGGACAGCUAUAUGUUGUAGAUCGAAUAAAAGAGCUUAUCAAGUGUAGCGGGUAUCAGGUGGCGCCAGCAGAACUUGAAGACUUGCUAGUUUCUCACCCUGAAAUUUCUGAUGCUGGGGUGAUCCCAUCCCCCGAUGCUAAAGCUGGUGAGGUUCCAGUUGCUUAUGUCGUUCGCUCACCCAAUUGCUCCUUAACGGAAGAAGACAUUCAGAAAUAUGUAGCAAAACAGGUUGCACCAUACAAAAGGUUGCGGCGAGUGACUUUUAUAGAAAAGAUUCCCAAGUCAGCCACAGGAAAGAUUUUAAGAAAAGAUCUCAUGAGUUUUGAUCGACAAAUGGCAUCGAAGUUAUAG